AUCUUUCCUUCGUUUUCGUCUUCCAUUUCUCCCUUCUUUCCGAAUACUCGAAACCCACCCUUCUCCUUGGGUUGUUUGCCGGCCGGACUUCCAGUAUUUCCUCUUUGGAUUUGAAGUCUUUUGCCCCUCAGAGAAGGGAGAUACUUGUUGAAGGAGGCCUUGUUUUUAACAUAGAGGCUUCUGAAGGAAGGGAGAGAGAGAGAGAGAAUGGCUGAGAGUGCUGUUCAAUCCGCCGUGGAAACUCUGAACUAUUUUCUAAGGCAGAAAGAUUUUUACCUUUCCCAUGUAGAUGUGUGGGUUAUGUCGCUUCGAAACAAACUCAAAGCCUUACUCAAAGACGUGGAUGGGAUGCGCGGGUAUAAUGAAAGUGUUCAGCUAAUAGAAGUAGCAAACAACACUAAGAAUGUCAUCGACUCCUUCAUCUUUAAAAUUGCACAGCAACGAGGAGAGACGAGUGCUGAAUUGAUGAGUUACCAAUCCACUUUUAAUAGUGGCAUCAAAGACAAACCAGCCAUUGAGGAUCUUGGAAAGAAGAUCUUCGGCAUAAAAAGUAGGCUCCAUGAGAUCAUCUUGCCCAUCUUGCCCAUCUUGCCCAACAGAUCACAGUACGGCAUCCACAAUAUACAGCCACGCGGAGAAGCUUCAACUCCUUCGAAUCAAAGCCAGAUACAGAAGGUGAAGAGGGCUUCUAUUGUUGAGGAAGCCGAAGUGGUCGGACGAAGAACAGAAGUCUUGAGUGGCGAAGUACAACCCCCAGCGCAGGUUCGCAUGCCGAAGGGCGGCACUUCUGUUCAGGCUCUCUACGACCUCUGCAAGAAGACGUUUACGACUUCGGGAAAUGCAGCUUCCCCACAAGCAAUCCGAAAGCUCUGCUCUAUUUUGGAUACAAUUGGUCCCUCCGAUGUUGGGCUUAAAGAGGAUAAUUCACAAGAUGACCGAGGACAUGGUUUCUUUGGACAGAACCUUUUCAGGAAUCACCAGUCAACAAGGGUAGCUCGAUGGACUCAACCUAUAACAUACUUGAACAUAUAUAAAUGCGAUAGUUUUACAAUUGGUAUAUUCUGCUUACCAACUUCAGCAGUUAUUCCACUCCAUGACCAUCCUGGGAUGACAGUCUUGAGCAAAAUACUAUAUGGCUCCAUGCACGGGAAAGCAUUUGAUUGGGUAGAACCUGCCUGCAUACAGAGAAGUGGCGAGACGGAGUUUUUCCCUGUGAGAUUGGCGAAGCUGCAGGUGGACACUGUUCUGACGGCACCAUGUGAAACAUCCGUUUUGUACCCCAAGACCGGAGGUAAUCUGCAUUGCUUCACCGUUAUCACGCCUUGCGCUGUGCUUGAUGUCCUCGCUCCUCCAUAUGCUGAAACUGCUGGGAGGCGCUGUACUUACUACCGUGAUUAUCCAUAUUCCAGUUUCCAGUCAGAACAGGGAACUGAAACAUGUGAAAGGGAAGAGGAUCAUGCAUGGCUUGAGGCGAUCGAAGCACCAGAUGACCUCUAUAUACGCCCUGGCAAAUAUGUGGGUCCAGCUGUUCAGGUUUAGCUCCCCAUCACUUUUUUUUUUUUUUUCCGAUUGUGCUUGGUAGCAGUUCCAACGUAUGUCAUUCAUGUAUCUUAUAUGUUUGAUUCAAGCACAAAAUGAGUGUUGAGCACCAGUCUUACAGCUAUGUCGCUAUUUAUGUACAUGUCGAAGAGACAUGGGGAACUACCGAACUAAUCUAUUUUACAUCGCUGACUCUCUUCCAUCCGUCA